AUGGAAAGAAAUUCAGAUCCAGUCAGUGAAAAUGUGAAAUUAGCUGAACAUAUUCAGAUGGAUUACCCUCACAUUGUGGACGAGUUAGCCGAGUGGUCGAUAUACUUGGAUUCCAGCCUAUCAGUAGACAAUAGUUACUGUGUAGCUACGAAUUUGUUACGUUGUCGAAAUAUAUCAUUAUCCAGCGUACAUCCUUCAUCACUAUCCAUUCCGCUAGACGAUAAUAAGUCGUCAGUUUGUAAAGAAAAUUCUUUGGCGUCAUUUUCGCGAGUAAACAACUUAUUUUCUAUUAGUUGGAGAAAAAUUUCAGAAGUAAUGAACAAAUGGUUUCCACUAUCACCACUAUUAGUUAGCUAUGCUCAUUCACGUGAAAAUAACUGCCCUUGGCUAUUAGGUUAUCUUUCGUCUGAAUCAAUUCAAGGACAGGCGUUAUGUCUUGUUGCCACUCAUUGGUUAGAGUUAAUGGAACUUCCAAACCGACUUCAAAGUCUCAAUUCUUCAUCAAUAAAAGAAUUUAGGCAAUCUAGUGAUAUAACACCAUUUGAACUAUUACAAUCGUCUAGUGUGAUCACUGCACAUCAUGAAUCAGAUGUCAAUCAAAUUGUUAUCAAUCAUUCUUCUAAAAUAACAAGAAAAUGGUAUUUAAGUUAUGUAGAUCCAUAUCCUCAAUGGCGCAUGGUUAGCUUUGUUUCAUAUAAACCCUGUGAAUUACUCGGACUAGAUUCAUCAACUGGAAACUCAUUGCCACCUUUUGAUAAUCUUUAUUAUCUAACUGCUAUAGGUUAUAGUAAUGGUUCUAUCGAUAUAAUCGACCUAUCAGUUGAUGAAAGUGAGAAACCGGAUUUAGGUCAAAAUAUUCAACGUAGUCGUAUUUUCAUUCCACCUCCAUUCACACAAUCAAACUGUUCUCCUAGUUCCAAGAAACCUCUCUUUCCAAUUGUCUUACUAACAUUUAUUGAUGUUUCACACAUUUUGGUGGGUCAUUUCAGAGGUCAUGUGGAUUUAUGGCAUUUAGAUUGGAAGGCAAAAAGUUUCCCAGGUCGUAUGAUGAUGAGGAUUUAUCCAGUCGACUAUUGCAAGUCUUCUCUAUCUUCUCCACUUUUAUCGGGUGUAUUCGAUUUGUCUUCUAAUUUGCUUGUUUUAUCAAGUCUACCUGAUAUAGGUGUAUCCAAGGCAUCAAAGUUAAUGCAUCGAAAGCUUGGAAUAACAUGCUUCUAUGUAUCUAAAAAGGCACCUUAUUUAAUCCCUACUUCAAGCUCUUUAAUGUCUGAUACAGUACCGCGUGGAAUGAACACUUUUUACGGAGUAUGUAAAGAUCUAUCAAUUCAACUGUUAUGUACUCUUUUUCGUCGCAAUCGAUAUUUACCCAUUGAAAAUCAUGAUGCAAUCAUGUCUAUGGUUUUAGCAAAUUUCAAUGGGACUUCACUUCCAACCUUAGCAUCUUCAGAUUCAUGUAAACAAUUACUACUCGGUAGUCUUCAUUCCUCAGGCUCAUACUCAGUUUGGUUGGUCCCGUCUUUUGAGCUACUAUUUUUAAUCGCUAAUCCUGAGAGAAGUUCCAGUCUUUCGAUGGUCCCAUCUGAUCAGAUUUCUGGUACACAUACUAAAGCUUUUCGGAUUGCAUGGUGGAGCAGACCGUUAGAAUCAAAUGAAUCAGUAAAUCAAGAUGUUCAGUUAUCUAUUCUUCAUGAGAAUGGGUCGAUUGAUUUGCUAGACAUAACGAAAUGUGGCACUGAGUUUUAUCCCAAAGUUACAAGAAAACUUGAAGGUUUAAAACUGUCUACUUUUCCUGUGUUUGCUGCACAUUCUUUACUUCUGUGUAGUCCUCAUGCAAACUGUCCAUCUGAAGUUGUACUAUUAUCUUCAUGUUUGAAACCGAGCCCAGGGAAUGGAGUUACUUCACAGGAUUCUUCAUCUAAGAAUCAAAUCUUCAAUCAUUGUGUAAGGUGUACUCGACUUAAGUCGACAACAUAUAAUGGCUUAUUUGAACAUUUUCUACGUAUGGGAAAAUUUCAAAAGCUUUACAACUAUGCACAUCAAGUCAAGAAAAUAGAGAAGUUGUCUACAAGCAAAUGUGGACAAAAUUAA